AAGCUGUGCUGGUUUCACAGCACCCUUUGAGGUUAAGAAAUAUUCAGUUUCAUAAUCCUAUUCCUGCCUCCAUGAGCCACCCCACUCCGACCAUUGGCCCAGUUGGUGAAUAAAAAUGUCUGCCCUGGCUUCUGUCCCCGUUCAGCCCAGGCGCUGGUCCCAGCUCCUGCCACGCUGACCGGAGGGCUCUUGGUGAGGGAGGACAGAGAGCCCCUCUUCCCUGCUGCCUGCCCUAGCCACUUGGGCCCUGGAGGACAGCAGGGCCAUCCUUCCUGACAUCACCACAGCAGAAUCUGCCACGAAAACAACUUGACUCAUAAGGACAUGGCUCAGAUGGGGAAGGAAUUUAAGGCUGGCGUUGACUUGCAAAGGGACAAGGAUGGUGGUCCUCAGGGUGGAGAUUCGACUGACGAGGAAGAAGUGGAGGUUGAAGAUGAUGCUCUAACAGAUGAAGAACGAAGGUUUCUAGAACAAUUCCACAGCUGGAGAAAGAACGAAAACAAGCGCCUUAGAACACUCUAUGCCAUCGCUGACAACAUUGACAAAAGCCACCAAAAAGCCACCAAAACCAAAGUGAUGACUAACUCUGCGUCCAUCAUCUCUGGAGCCAUGUGUCUGCUGGGUUUGGUCCUUGCUCCAGUAACUGCAGGCGGAAGCCUGGUGCUCACUGCUGCUGGGACAGGUUUGGGAGCUGCUGCUGGGAUCUCCAACAUCGUGACUGAUGUGAAGGAAGACUCUCGCAACAAAAGCGCCCUAGCUCAGGCCAACGGAAUCAUACCUAGUAGUGACCAAGAGCUUGAGGAGGUCACGGGAAAGAAGACAGCCUAUGCCACGGCCGCCGGUGAGAUUGUCUACAAAUGUACGAGCGCCUGGGAAACCAUCCGAAAGCACAUCCGAGCCCUCCAGCUAACCAAAACACACCCCCAUGUCGCCUCGGCUGCCAGCAAGCUCAUGACUGCUGGCCGGGUCUCAACCAGAAGCAGCAGGCAGAUACAAAAGGCCUUUGGGGGCACAGCUCUGGCAAUGACCAAAGAUGCCCUCAUGAGGAACAGUCUACCUGCCAUCUUCUUUCUCGGCCAGGACUUAUAUGCUCUCUUGAAGGACUGGGAGAAACUGCAGGCUGGAAAGCCAACAGAGCUUGCAAAAGAGUUAAGAUUGCGGGCUCAGAAGCAGGAGCAGGUGGUAUCAGAACGCACCUGUCGCUAUGAAAGGCUGAAGAAGAGACUCAGAGACUCAAAGAAGAGGCCUGUGAGGUCUUUGAAAAGAACCAUGGAGAUUCAGCCUCGGCCUCUAUCCUCCACUGAGAAAGCAAAGCCCAGGGGACAGCAGCGAAGACAAGCUGAGACCUUGGGGUUUUGAGAUCAAUAAAGGGGGACCAGGGUGGGGGUAGCAAGGCUGUCAGAGGUGAUGCCUGAGACUCACACACAAGGAGGUGCCAGGAAGGUCCCUGGGGUCUCAGAAGGGAGGGUUCUGUUAACCCCACUCCUGAACCUGUCUCUCUUCUUCACUCUGACUCAACACCACAUCCCCUCUCCCGGCCCCCAUCACUCACACAGAGCACCAGAUUGGUUUUUAGACAGAUAACAGGCUUCCUGCCGGCCAGCUUCCCCAGUAAUUAGCAAUGAUAAGGUGUGAGGAUUCCCCGCCCACCUGGCCUCUUUGCUUUCUCUUCCUCUUGCCCAGGCCCAGUGGGAACUGCUGGCUCCGAGUCAGGUUUCCACACAAAGGCUGUCACUGGAACCUGCUAGGCCAGAUUCCAGGGGGAGGACAGAGGGCGGCCUGUCUCCACUCUUUGGUCCCCCGUACCCUGAGCCCUCAGCUGGCAAUCUUCAGCACUUCACCUGGCUGCCGGGUCUCUCAUCUUAAAAAUCCUUUUCUGUCUGUGAAAGUCACACAUGGGUAGUACAAUACACACACGCACGCACACACACACACAUACACGCAUACACUCUGGGAAGGCAAAGGCUGGGGGGAGAAACGGCACAGGAGGGUUAAGAGUGUGGCAUAUGCACACAGAACUUCCUGUGUUCUUCUUCUCGGGGUGUCUAGGUGUUGGCUGUCCACUGCUGUCCUUAGACUCUGCAGGGACCCUCCCACUAGUGUGCUGCAGAGUUGAGCCCCUUUCUCUAAUCCCUCACUUGCCUGUGUCUGAACCUCCCACCAGGCUCUCUGAGGUACACAGAACUGCCUGCCUUCACUCCUUUCCACGGCAGGCAGGUAUGUUGGCACACAGAUGCUUGGGCUUAGGGGUAUGGUGAGCACACACAGGUUACAGCUGUCUGUCUCCACCUGGGGGAUAGGUGAGUAAGGGUGCUCACUGCUGCCAGGGAGAACUGUAUCUCCAGGCCACGCCCUCCAGGCUCUGCUCCAAGGAAGGGGACUGUGUAAGAAUUCAGGGCACACUCUGAUUGGCCAGGAGGAGACUGAAUAAGAAUCCAGGGCACACUCUGAUUGGCCAGGAGGGAACUGAGUAAGAAUCCAGGCAUACUCUGGCCAGGGUAAGAAUACAGGACGCACUCUUAUUGGCCAGAACCAUGCUUUUCUGGGACAAGCCUUAAGUACGAGGGAAGAGAAAGAAGAAGGUGGGUUCUAUCUGCACUCCCCUUUCCCAAGUGCUGAGGGCACGACUUUUCUGCCACUCACUGUAGCGGAAGAACAUUGACAGAAGCUUGCUUCGUGACUUUGGAGAUGCUUUCCUCAAAACCAAGUCCACAAACUGGGAUACCUAAGAUAAAGACCCCUCGAAAGGGAAAGGAGAGGAACCCACAGGGACGCUGUAACGCAGUGGAAGAAAGUUGAGGCUUGUGUAUGCAUGCAUCCAUACGAGCAGUGCUUAGGAUGCACCAGGGCCCCAGCAGUGCCGUAUGGCUGAGCCGCACCGUGGCCCUGGCAGCUGUGGGAAGCAGAGAGAGACUGGGUCCACAGCACUGCCACAUGGGGCUUGUUGAAUGCAUUUGUGACCUAUGGACUUGAAACAACAAUCAAAUAACAAACUAAUGAAGCUGGGUGGUGGUGACCAAGCCUUUUUAACCCCAGCACUUGGGAGGCAGAGGCAGGCAGAUCUCUGAGUUCACAGCCAGCCUGGUCUAUAGUUAGUUUCAGGACAGCCAGAGCUACAAAGAAAAACUGUCUCAAAAAAAAAAAAAA